CUCGUCAUCAACUUCCAUAGUUCCCACAAGGCCACAACCAUCCCUGCAUUAUUAAUGUCUUAUAUAUACAAACCUCAGUUUCAUUUAGCCUCUCAGUUUCAUUCAUCGUUGUAGCUAUGGAGAUGGAGAAGAAGGUUGAGUUUGUUGAAGGAAAGGUGGAUUGGAAGGGAAGGACAGCUGUGAAACAUAAACAUGGAGGAAUGAGAACUGCUUUUCUCAUACUUGCUACAUUUGGUUUUGAGAACAUGGCGACUUUGGCUUUGGCGGUGAACUUGGUUACAUACUUCAAUGGGGUGAUGCAUUUUGAAAUAUCUGAUGCCGCUAACCAGCUUACUAACUUCGCCGGCACUGGUUAUAUUCUCUCCAUUCUCAUGGCCAUCCUUGCAGACACCUUCUUCGGCAGAUUCAAAACCCUUCUGAUUUCAGCUUGCUUCGAGUUCGUGGGGCUAGGAUUACUAACUGUGCAAGCUCACUAUCCAAGUCUCCUGCCACCAGUCUGUAAUGUGUUUGAUCCAACUUCUUCUUGCGAGAAAGUUACUGGGGGCAAUGCUGCUUUGCUUUUCAUUGCUCUCUACAUGUUGGCAGCCGGAGCUGCAGGAGUCAAAGCUACAUUGCCAUCACAUGGUGCUGAUCAAUUCGAAGAAAAAGAUCCAAAAGAGGCGAGGCAGAUGUCGAGCUUCUUCAACCUGCUCUUACUAGCCGUAUGUCUGGGUGGUGUGGUCAGCCUAACACUAAUUGUGUGGAGCCAAGACAAUAAAGGAUGGGAUUGGGGAUUUGGGAUUUCUACAAUCGCCAUGUUCUUGGGUGUCGUCGUCUUCUUUUCAGGAUUGCCUAUGUACCGAAUACAAGCUAUUCGAGGAACUAGUGCAAUAAUCGAAAUUAUACAGGUGUAUGUUGCAGCGGUCCGCAACAGAAAUCUCACCCUUCCUGAGAACCCUUCAGAUCUCUAUGAGAUCGAGGCAGACAAGGAAGCUUCACUUGAAGAAGAAUUCCUACCUCACAGACCCAUUUUCGGCUUCUUGGACAAGGCAGCAAUUAAACGAGGGCAAAAUAAUAAUGCCGAAUCUCUAAACUCUUGGAACCUUUGCAGAGUCACCCAAGUAGAAAAUGCAAAGAUAAUACUAGGAAUGGUGCCCAUAUUCCUAUGCACAAUCAUAAUGACUCUUUGCUUGGCUCAGCUCCAAACCUUUUCAAUCCAACAAGGCCUCACCAUGGACACAAGCAUCACCAAAAACUUCAAAAUCCCACCAGCCUCACUCCCCAUCAUCCCAAUCAUGUUCCUCGUGAUCAUAAUCCCCGUCUACGACAGAAUCUUUGUCCCCCUGGCCAGCAAAUUCUCCGGCAUUCCCUCCGGAAUCACCCAUCUACAGCGCAUAGGCGUCGGCCUAGUCCUCUCCUGUAUCUCCAUGGGAGUGGCUGGAAUCAUGGAAGUCAAGAGAAAAGACGUGGCGAGAGACCACAACAUGCUGGAUGCAAUCCCAGUGCUGCAGCCACUGCCCAUCAGUACAUUCUGGCUGUCAUUCCAGUACUUCAUUUUCGGAAUUGCUGACAUGUUCACCUACGUCGGUCUUCUCGAGUUUUUCUACUCCGAGGCACCAAAAGGGCUCAAGUCGAUCUCGACUUGCUUCCUAUGGAGCUCAAUGGCACUUGGGUACUUCUUCAGCACAGUGUUGGUUAAUAUUGUGAAUGCUGCAACACAUGGGAGCAAUGGGGGUUGGUUGGCUGGGAACAACAUCAACAGGAACCACUUGAACCUUUUCUAUUGGUUGCUUUCAGGGAUGAGCUUCUUGAACUUCUUCAUCUAUCUGUUUGUUUCAAGGAGGUACAAGUAUAGGCCAGGGAGUCCCAUGCUGGCCUCAAAAGAGGACAAGGAGGAGGAUGAGCUCUAAGAGCUUAGGCUAAAAGAAAGAGGAAUUUUAUAUUGUAUGUGGUUUGGUAUGUAAUGGGUGCAAAACUAGAUUUUAUUCUAUGUAUGUAUAAGUUUGUUUCCUUUCAGGCUUUCAGCUAGUAAUUGUAACUAAUUACAUUUGUUGUGUUCAUCAUGAGAAAGUUUCAGUUCAGAACUUCUAAUGCAUAAGCAUAUGGCAUAAGUAUUUCUAUAGCAUAAGAAGGAGCAUCUACAUCAAAGGUGUUGAAUAUGAUUUUCAUUGAUCUGUAUGUUUACAAUUGUACAAUUAUAUAGCUAAGAUCUGCUCUACUAUUACAA